AGGAAACCUGUCAUAAGACUUGUUAGUGAGUCAAACCUGUGUACAAAUAGCUGCUUCAUGGCGACAGUUAGUUCGUUAGUAACAACAACAGCCACAGUGAUGGAUGGUACCACCAUGUCAACUCCUAUCACCUCUACCUUUGACAUAAAUGCAUCUUAUCAUUCGCUGAACUCAACAUUGGACCCAAAUUCAACUUACUUUGAAAAGUGGUGUCCGUAUUACCAUAAAAUGCUUACUUUCAACACUAUUCAACUGACGCGAGUGAUUAUAACAUGGAUCCUGUUCUUGGUCAGCACGUGUGGAAACAGCUUUGUUCUCUACUGUCUUUGCAUGCGGAAGCAGAGACUUCAUGUCCACGUCAUCACCAUGCACCUAACAUUAGCUGACCUGGCGUUCACAUUCUUCAGCAUGCCAAUGGACGCAACAUGGAACACAACAAUGGCCUGGCUUGGGAGCGAAUUCCUGUGUCGGUUAUGUCAGUUUCUGAAGCAGUUUGGAAUGUACAUCAGCUCCUUAAUGGUUGUGGUUAUAGCACUUGAUAGAGUAUUCAGUAUCCUGUCUCCAAUGUCGGCAAACCAGCAACGGAAACGAACAAAGAUUCUCCUCAUUAGCGCAUGGACACUUAGUCUUUUAUGUGCAAUACCUGCGUUGUUUCUCUUUUCACUGAUCAAAAAACAGUUCUGUCCGGACCAGCCAAUCUUUUACCAGUGCGUAGAUUUCAGUCCUAACAUAAACAAACAAGACUUGAAGCCAUAUUACUUCUUCACUAUGUGUGUGAGCUUCCUUAUUCCACUUUUCUUCACCGUCAUCUCAUAUUCCUUGAUCUUGUGUGAGAUAAACGCCAUGCAGCGGAGAGACGAAAGAAUUACCGGGCGCCGAGAUAACAACAUUGAACGAGCAAGAAUGAAGACACUGGUGUUGACUUCGUUGGUUACCCUCUCAUUUAUUGUACUGUGGGGUCCAUACUACGCCAUGGGUAUCUAUCAUUGGUUUAAUCCAAGAGAGAGAGCCACAUUUCCAAAAGAAAUUUCGGUUGGUCUUUUCGUCCUGAUGUAUUUUCACCCUGCUGUACACCCGAUACUUUAUGGUUUCUUUAUGAAGGACAUACGCAAGCACUUCCUCGUCACUCUAAUGCGGUGCUUUAAGCUUUCCAGAAUACCAGCAUCCCGCCGAGCCUCUGAGAAGUUCGGGUCUUGCCAGCGCCACCUGCCGGAAGGAAAUCCUCACCCUCGUGCCGGGCGAGCAGCGAGCUCACCUCUCCUCAGUCCUGUAACGGAACGUACUGUGUUGCGCGCCACCAGCGUCCCCUUUAUAGAUGCCGGGAAAUGCAACAAAAACAACAACAGACAGGAGAUAUUUCUUCAAGUUCCACCAACAAACGGAGAGCUUUCGACUAAGCGCUGUUGUGACGAACGAGUAUGACGUCAUCGUGGCGUCACCAUGACGUAAUAAUCCUGGUUCAACUAUACU